AUGUUGAAAUUUAAGAAUAAAUUUAAGUUUGGAUCUUCUAAUAUUGAUAAAUCCCCGGAAAAUAGUCAAAGCCUGUCUCCAAGAAACUCAACUGAUAGUAGGAAAACUAUAUCAGUUAAUAAUUUAUCUGAAAAUGUUGGCAAUUUGAAUAUUAAAGAUGAAGAAGCUGAACAAGUUGAAGAACAACAACAGCAACAAAUUGAAGAACCAGCAGUACAGGAGAUUAUAUCAAACCCAGGAUUAUUAACUAUUAAGAUUUAUAAUUCAAAUAAUAUUAAAUUACCAAUUCAAAUUAAUAAUAAUAAACAAAUCUUAAAUGCAUUGGCAAAUAAUGCAACAAAUGAAUCAACUCAACAACAACUAAAUAAUUCAUUAACUAAAUUAGAUGAUGAAGAUUUAAUUCCAGGAUCAAUAUCAACCAAUUACUUACCAGCAAAUAUAACUAUACCAAAUGGAGAAAAUUUAAUUAAAUCAUUACUUUAUUUAACUGUUGAAUUUGAUAAUAAUGUAUUGAUUAUCGAACCACAAAGAGGUACAGUACAUCAAUCAACUUGGAAUCAAGUUGUUUCUUUUGAUGUAACUAAAAAAAUCGGGGUUAAUAAUUCAAAUUUUUUAAAUUUAAAUUUAUUUAUCAGAUUACCAAAUUUAUUAAUACCACAACUGGAAAAAUUAAAUAAUAAAAAGUCUUUUACAAAUAAUGGAUCAAAUAUUGGUGAUUUAUUAAUUGGUUCAAUUAAAUUACCAAUCAAUUUAAAAAAUAUUUCAAAUCCAAUUAGAUUAAUGAAUCAUGAUUUUUUAAAAUUUAAUAAUUAUAAUUUGAAUUUGAAAGAUGAUUACGGUGAAAUCAUGUUAACUAUUGAUUUCAAGCCUUUAAUUAAACCCCAUUUAUCAAUUGAUGAUUUUGAUUUAUUAAAAGUUAUUGGUAAAGGUUCUUUUGGUAAAGUUAUGCAAGUUAUUAAAAAGGAUACAAAACAGAUUUAUGCUUUAAAAACUUUAAGAAAACAACAUAUUAUAUCAAGGAUGGAAGUCACUCAUACUUUAGCUGAAAGAACUGUUUUAGCUAGAAUUACAAAUCCUUUUAUUGUUCCUUUGAAAUUUUCAUUUCAAUCUCCAGAAAAACUUUAUUUGGUUUUAUCUUUUAUUAAUGGUGGUGAAUUAUUUUGGCAUUUACAAAAAGAAGGGAAAUUUUCAAUGGAUAGAUCAAGAUUUUAUAUUGCUGAAUUAUUAACUGCUUUAGAAAGUUUACAUGAGUUAAAUGUCAUUUAUCGUGACUUAAAACCAGAAAACAUCUUAUUGGAUUAUCAAGGUCAUAUUGCUCUUUGCGAUUUUGGUUUAUGUAAAUUAAAUAUGUCAAAUAAUGAUAAAACAAAUACUUUCUGUGGUACUCCUGAAUAUUUGGCUCCUGAAUUAUUAUUAAAUCAAGGUUAUACUAGAUGUGUUGAUUGGUGGACUUUAGGUACCUUAUUAUAUGAAAUGUUAACUGGUUUACCUCCAUUUUAUGAUGAUGAUGUUUCAACAAUGUAUAGAAAAAUUUUACAAAAUCCAUUAAAAUUUCCUUCAUUUUUAGAGAAUACUGAUGUUCAGGAUUUAUUAAUUAAAUUAUUACAAAAAGAUCCUUCUAAAAGAUUAAAUGAUGCAAUUGAAAUUAAAAAUCAUAAUUUUUUCAAAGAUAUUGAUUGGAAUAAAUUAUUACAUAAAAAUUAUUUACCUCCUUUUAAGCCAAAUGUUGAAAACUUAUUAGAUACUUCGAAUUUUGAUCAAGAUUUUACUAAUGAAAAACCCCAAGAUAGUGUGGUUGAUGAUUUCUUAAGUGAGUCAGUUCAAAAACAAUUUGGUGGUUGGACUUAUAACGGUGAUAAUCUUUUAUCCUAA